GCCCUGGCAGUCCCGUUGAAAGGGGCUGCCACGGGGUGGGGUGCGCAGAGCAGCGGCGGGAUGGAGAAGAGCAGCUACGCCAUGGCCAAGUUUGGUCUGGAGGCCAAGGAGGUGAUGCCCAAGCGGGACUGUGGGUUUUACGUGAAGUACAUCUUCCUCUUCACCUCCCUCAUCCAAUUCCUCAUCAUCCUGGGGCUGGUGCUCUUCAUGGUGUACGGCAACGCGCACGCAGGCACCGACACGCACCUCCGGCUGCUGGAGGAGCAGCUGCAGGAUCGCUACAGCAAGAUCAUCACCCUCAGCGGGAGGAACCUCAACCUGACACGCACCCUCAACGCCACCCUCAAGGAGAAGCAAGGGCUGCAAGCCCUCGCCCAGAAGGUGCAACAGGACCUGGAUAAGUGCAAUAGCACCCUGGCUCCCAACCCCAUCCCCAAGCUACAGGAGAUGAUGAAGAUCAUUUUCUACCAAAAGACGAAGCUGGAUGAGUGCCACAUGACCAUCAGCCUCAUCAACGCCAGCUGCAGUGCUGACAAGGCGCUGCUGCGGAGCCAGCUGGACCAGACAACCCUGGCCAAGAAGGAGCUGGAGGAAAACUGCCGCAAAGCGGGUGCCACGCUGACCAAAGCCACCCAGGAGCAGGAGAGCUGCCAGCGGGAGCUGCUCACCACCAGGACCAUCUGCGAGUCCACCAAAUCCAACCUGGAGCUGCUGAAGCACGAAUGCAGUUCCUUGAGAUCCUACAUGAGCUACUCCUUCCAGCGCAUCAAGGAGACGGACCGCCAGUACAGAUGCGACGCCGUCCAGGAGCAGCUCAACUGGUUGACGCAGCAGACGGAGGGGCUUUUCCUCUGGCAACAGGAGCGGGAGACCAAAUACGUGGGGAAAAGCGUCUGCGACAUGAACUUGCUCCACUGUCGCAUCAACUGCUCCGGGGAGAAGCAGGAGUUGGAGAAGCGGCUGCAGGACGUUGAGAAGCAGGUCAAGGGCGGCCAGGAGGAGAAAAAGAAGCUGUUGGUGGAGAAGGAGCAGCUCAGCAAGGAGCUGGAGGAGAAGAGCAAAGCUGCCACGCAGGCUGUGUACUUCAAGGACCAGCUCAACAUCUGCAUGGGCUCCAAGAUGGACGCCUUCUUCGACAUCACAGGCUCGCGGUUGCCGGGGGGCAGCGUGCGGCUGGGACCCUUCCCCAACAUGGGCACCUACACGGAUGCUCUGAGGAACCAGGGCAUAUUUGGGAAUAUGGGCAAAAUCAACACGGAGGAGAUCCAGCAGUCGGUGCAGAAGAUCAUGGAGCAGUACACAUCCACCCUGAGGAACCCCAGUGGCUAAUGGCUGAGCAGCGCACAGAGAUUAGUGGCGAGGGGCUCGAGGACAAGCCCAGGAGGUGCUUCCCGCAGCACGGAUGGCAAACCCCGACCUGGAGCGAGCGGCCGGCAUCAACGCCAUCCUCCCCCUGCCCAGGGGGGCUCACCAGCACGGCGGGGGCCAGGGCCACCCUCCCCUGUCCCCUUCCCCGAGCCCCCUUGCUUGUCCCCUCCUGCACCCUCGCCUCCC